CCCCGUGUCGUGUCGAUCCGUAACCGAGCGACACCGAGGUGCCCACGUAACGACGGUCGACGGUCGUGUCUCGCAGAGCAUACGAUCGCGAAGGGUUCGCGUGGUUCGGCGUAUAUGAGAAUUUUAAACGGAAAAUGAGUCGACAUGAAGGGGUUAGCUGUGAUUCCUGCUUGAAAGGAAAUUUUCGGGGUCGUAGAUACAAGUGCCUCGUAUGCUACGAUUAUGAUCUAUGUGCCAGCUGCUACGAGGGAGGCGCCAAUACUACUCGCCACCUCACAGAUCAUCCUAUGCAAUGCAUACUUACUAGAUCUGACUUUGAAUUAUACUAUGGUGGUGAAGGAGUGAGUGUAGAACAGCCUCAAUCUUUGACUUGUCCCUAUUGUACAAAAAUGGGUUUUACUGAGGCUACAUUACAAGAGCAUGUUGCUGCUGAUCAUCCGGAUACUUCAUUCGAAGUUGUUUGUCCAGUAUGCGCAGCAGUGCCAGGUGGAGAGCCUAAUCAUGUAACUGAUGAUUUCGCUGGCCAUCUGACACUAGAACAUCGCAGUGGGCCAAGGGACCUGAUUUCUUUCCUGGAUGAACCAACUGCAAGUAGACACGGCGUUAGGCGGAUACCGCAUCCAUCCAGAGCUGUUGGAGCAUCUCGUGGACGUAGGUCCAAUAUGCAUUUCAGUUCAUCUGGAGGGUUGAGCCCAAGUAAUCGCGAAGGUAUAGAUCCAAUUGCGGAGUUGCUAUCUCAAUUGUCGGGAGUACGUAGAAGUGGAGGCGGAAGUGGACAAAGCACAUCAGCCCCUACACAGUUACAGCAAUUACAAAUGCAACUACAAUUAGAACGACAACAAGUUCGGGCUGCUAGACAACAACUCGAAAGAUUACCCAGAAGGCAAACGCAAGUGAUCGGUUCUGUAAGUGGAGGCAGCGGGGGUGGCAGUGGUGGCGGUCAUACUACUACUAUGGGGACAACGAAUAGUACAAGUAGUAAUAAUAACGCGACCAAUACGGCUAACCCGUCCGGUGUGUCUUCUAAUUCACAGAAUAAUAUGUCCCUGUUACCCAGAUGCAUCAUAACUACGCCGUCUGAUUCGCAACUGCAAAGUAUUGAACGCGAGAGUGCAAAUAGGAGCCUUUUUGCACGUGAACUUAUUGUUGGAACGCUUUCUCAAACAUUGUCAGAAUUGAUGCAACAGCAGUGUGCUGUACAAACACCGGCGUCAAAUGCGACUACUGCCACGACCAGUCCUGAAACACCAAACGCCAAUACUUUCAUUGUUUCUGCGAAGAAAUUGGGAAUAACUCAGGAAGCGAAGAGGGAACAAGCGACAAGUAAACACGUGACAUCACAGGCAUCUAUGCAACAAAAAGAAUCACAUAUUCUGCAGGCUGCUGCUGCUGCUACUACUACUGGCAGCGUAGGUUCAGGUCUGCAAAAUCAGGGGUUAUCCUCGAAUCCUAAUAGCAUUGCAACACAAAAUCCACCUAUAGUUCAAACAUUGAUGCAUAGCGUAUUACCUCAGCCAUUGGUACUGCAGCAACCACUGCCGCCACCAAUUAGGAAUACUGGUACCGGAACUAUCAGGGAACCGAUAGCAGCUCCGGCGCCUGCUUACCUCAGAGGUGGAGUUGGCUCGGUCGGAGUGACAGGCUCUUCGCGUAGGAAGCCGGUUAGGGCAGUAGAUGGCAGAAACCAAUCUACGGAACCACCACCCCCACACUAACCCCUCCUUAGCCCGUGUGUACCCAUCCACCACCCUGAUUCCUCACACAGGAUCCCCUAGCACUAGUCCUAGCACUGUUUAGAACACCUCAUCAUUAUUGUUAUUAUUAUAAUAUAUAUUAAUAAUUAUUCGAAACGCCCUCUCCUUUCCUUUUCCUUCUUCUCCUCCUCUUCCUCAUCCUUUUGUGCCCUAAUGCUAUUACAACUUUCCCGAACUUUAAUCUCGCCAUUUUUGCUGUUACGUGACAUGGAACAAGGGCAAGGGCUGAUUCGCUAGCCACUGUGGCAUAUUUGCGAAUAAUAAUGUACAUAACUCACACUUCUUGCAGUCAUGCUCGAAAUAUAUAGAGUUCGUUCGCGUGUAUUACUUUUCUUCGAAUGAGUCUUGCCACGUUCUUCCACGCUGACGUGCUACCACGAUACGGCGUUACCUUUUAUCCACUGGAGAGCAGGUGUUUGCGAACCAACAAAAGAAUAUUGUAAAAAAAAUCAUACAAAAACAAAGCGACAUUAGCGUUUAUUGUUCGGUUAAUGAGGUAUCGAAGAAUAAUCAAAGAGCACGAACAUGUAAGGAUCAAUCAGAUACUUCGAUCAGCUGAUGUAAAAAUUCAGCAAUGUAUUGAUAGUAUGUAUCUAUCCAAUGAUGGUAAAUGAAUGUAUACGCGAAUAUAGCUUUUUCAUAUUGCAUUUUGUGUAUUAUACAUGUUUACCAUUCACUAUGUAAAAUUCAAGAGAUUUUAUUGGUCUACAUACCCAGUGCAAAUCGAACAAUCGAUUGCUAAUGUGCUGUGUAUUUGAAAAAACGAAAUUCUCCCCUCUUUCAAAUAAAAAUAUACGAAUGCAAAAUCAUGCCUGGGCUGGUCCGUAAUACUAACGCUUUUAAAUUGCUUUAACUUACCGAUAACUUGUCCGGCGCACUAAUAGUAAAAAAAAAUGAUACAAAACGAUUGUAGGAACGAAUGUCACGAAUGAUAUGCAGAAUAACAUUACUGCAUAUUUUUCAGAUGACUACUUAGAUUAUAAUUCUCAUUAUAAUAGACUCCUGUAUGCUUUACAAUCAAUAAAUCAUUGAUAUAAUGUACAAAAAAGGCAA